CAUUCCUCUGUGCGGGUGGUGCGGCUGCAGGUAUUUGUCUGGGUCCCCCAUUCCUCUGUGCGGUGGUGCGGCUGCAGGUAUUUGUCUGGGUCCCGCAUUCCUCUGUGUGGGUGGUGCGGCUGCAGGUAUUUGUGUGGGUCCCCCAUUCCUCUGUGCGGGUGGUGUGGCUGCAGGUAUUUGUGUGGGUCCCCCAUUCCUCUGUGCGGGUGGUGCGGCUGCAGGUAUUUGUGUGGGUCCCCCAUUCCUCUGUGUUGGUGGUGCGGCUGCAGGUAUUUGUCUGGGUCCCGCAUUCCUCUGUGUGGGUGGUGCGGCUGCAGGUAUUUGUCUGGGUCCCGCAUUCCUCUGUGCGGGGUGGUGCAGCUGCAGGUAUUUGUGUGGGUCCCCCAUUCCUCUGUGCGGGUGGUGCGGCUGCAGGUAUUUGUCUGGGUCCCGCAUUCUUCUGUGCGGGUGGUGCGGCUGCAGGUAUUUGUGUGGGUCCCCCAU